GUGGUUACAACAACGAGCUAAAAAUAAAUUUUCAAGUAGCCACAAACACAUCCCGAAGUGAGUGAUUAUAAAUUCAACUCGAGCAGACGAUCAGGUAUCAACACUUAGAUUCUCACUUUUUCCUUCAUCACUAAGACGACCACCAAGAAAGCAUGUCCAAAAAGUGCUGUAACUCCUCUUGUGGUGCCCAGUUUGUUAUAUGUCCUACACCAGUGACGCCCAUCUGUAACCCGCCGGUACCAUUUACCACAACCAUCCCUGGUGGUCUCUACGCUGGGAAGGAGUUUCACAUCAGUGGCGUCCCUAGCUGCAGCCCUAGCAGGUUCUCCAUCAUCCUAAUGUGUGGUGCCUGUAACUGUGCUGAUAUAGCCCUUCACUUUGAUGUCCGCUUCUGUUACGGGCCCGACAGGAACGUUGUGGUGAUCAAUGACAGACAGUGCGGGACUUUUGGUAAAGAAGAGAGGAACCAGCGGUGCUUUCCCUUUUGUCCAAAUGUGGCCUUUGAAAUAGUUAUUCGAGUGGAGGCCAAUUGUUUUAAGAUAUCAGUCAACAACAGUCAUUUCUCGGAGUUUUGCCACCGUGUCUUCCCCUUGCAACGUGCUGACCAGCUGAACAUCACAGGCGAUGUACGCCUCACAGAGAUUUGUUUUCAGUGAAAAUAUCCAGUUCAACGUGACAAUAUCACGUUCAUCAAAAAAGAAAUAUGGCUCAGUGUGAAGAUGUCACGUUAAACUACACGUUAAAGUACACUCAUUUAUACAUGUAAUGCACUUCAAAUAAUAUCCCAUUUUAAUGUCAAAAUAAAAUAAGA